CCGCGCUAUGGCCCCGGCAGGAUUUUGGGGGAAGGCGUGCGUGUCCGCCUCACCUGCAGUACGUGGCGGCGGGGGCGGGGCGGCUUUGUGUGGAGUCCGGUAAGGGGCAUUAGGGAAGUGUUUGGAGCAAGGGUAACCGAGAAACCUCGUGACUCGCUGAGUGGCCCGAGGCGGUCGGCUGCCCCUCUGCCCAGCGAGGGCUCUUCCACCCAGACGUUACCACCGGACGUUACCACCGGGCACCUGCCGUACGUGUUGCAACCCUCAUACCACCUCUCCAGAAAUAACCAUAACCUUUCUGCCUACUGAGGCCGUUUACUGAGGGCCCACUGAAGCGCUCGCUGUGCAUAGCUUCAGUUCUUACAACAGUUCUGCAAGGACAAUGCUUGACACAUGGUAGGCUCUCAAUAUUUACUGGAUGCAUGCAUGAAUGAAUUAACCUACACUGUUCCAAAAGGUGAGGAUCACAAGCUACUGCGUGGAGGAGGUGGAGUUUCUGGACCAGCAGAGCUGAGGGUACCCAAACUUGCACUGAGGCAACUCUACUGAGGUCAGCCCCAUGGCUAUUCCACAUGGUUCAAAUGAAACUUCCUAUUUGCUACCUCCAAACAAGGAGGACUGGGGAGGGCACGGCAUUCCUGACUUUGUCUAUGGGCAGAAGGAACUCGUGCCAAAAGGGAUUCAGUGGCCAAGGAACGGACCCAGCCUUCUGGACACACUGCCACUGUCUCGCUUUGACUCUGCCCUCUGCUUGGCCUGGAGGCAGCGGAUGGAGCUGGGGCUGUUCCGCUACUGUCUGGGGGAGCUGCAGACCCAAACCCUCCCUGGUGCCGUGGGUUUUGUGGCUCAGCUGAAUGUGGAACGAGGUGUGCAAAGAAGGAGCCCCCAGAACAUCAGGAGCGUGAGGCAGGCGUUUGACCCUGAACAGUUUAACUUCAACCAGAUCCGGCCAGGAGAAGUCCUCUUCCGCUUGCACCGGGAGCCCGAUCUCCCCAGUGCUCUCCAGCAAGACGACAUCCUUGUGGUGAUCAAUGUCAGCCCCUUGGAGUGGGGCCACGUGCUGCUGGUGCCCGAACCCGCCCGAGGGCUCCCCCAGCGCCUGCUGCCAGGGGCACUGCAGGCCGGGGUUGAAGCUGUGCUGCUGAGCUCACACCCAGGCUUCCGAGUCGGCUUCAACAGCCUGGGCGGCCUGGCCUCAGUGAACCACCUCCACCUGCAUGGCUAUUACCUGGCCCACAGACUGCCCGUGGAGGGGGCCCCAAGCGAACCCCUGGAUCCUGGGGGCCUUCUGCACCUGCUCCAGGCCCUCCCAGCUCCUGGCUUCCUCUUUUACACAAGCGGGCCAGGGCCCGACUUGGAAGCCUUGGUAAGCAGGGUAUGUCGGGCCACUGACUAUCUGACUGACCACGAGAUUGCACAUAACUUGUUUGUGACCCGGGGGGCUCCACCUGGAAAGACAUCAUCUUCCUCAGCCCUCACGGGGGUCCGAGUAAUUCUUUGGGCCCGGAAGUCCAGCUUUGGGAUAAAGGAAGGCGAGGCCUUCAAUGUUGCCCUCUGUGAGCUGGCCGGGCACCUCCCUGUCAAAACGUCCCAGGACUUCAGCAGCCUGACAGAGGCUGCAGCUCUGGCCGUCAUCCGGGACUGUCUGCUGCCCCCAGCCCAGGCAGGAGAGGUGCAGGCAGCACUGGUGGCCUUGAUAGCCAAGGAGGAGCAGUAAUCCU